AUGGCUGCAUCAACUGCUGCCGACGAAAUAUCGUCGGCAGCACUUGCCAACGGGCCGCAUCAUGACCCCUUUCUGCUAUCGACGUCUCCUGCCGCUCCAACACACCACCGAUUUUCCAACUUCGACUCCAAGCUAUUCGCACUUGGCCCCAGUGCCUCUCCAACACAAGCAAAACGAGCCCUAGAAGCACAUCUUGCCGAAACUGAUCGGAGGAUGGAAGAGGCCGGGAAACUCGGCACUGCCUUGGUACAACAGCGCAAGGAGCUGACCGAGAGAUUGAAGGACGUUGAGAAAGUGCAGACCGAAGGCGAACUUUCGCCGGGUCUUCGUGAAAAGCUUGUCGAAAUUGAGAAGGACUACAACGAGGUUGCCAAAGAGAGUGCUCGGGCGUUCCUCCCGAAGCAGAGAAUCCCUAGUAAUGAGUCUGCCGUCCCUGGAUCGCCAUUUGUGCCAGAAGGCAAAGGUGGAAGGCGCUCUGUCAGUCCCUCCAAAUUCGAAGCCCAAGCCACCGGCUCCCCAACCAAGCUCGGUGUUCCGAACCGGAAGGUCCGAAACCAGCCCGCGAACCGGGUCCAUGACAUCGAGUUUGCAGCCGAAAUCAGCACUUCCCUCAUCGCUCAAGUACGCAAUCUGCAAGGUCUGCUUUCUGAGAAGGAGGAUGAGCUCAGGGAGGUCAAAGUCGAGAGGUCGAAGCUGGAAUACGAGGCCGAGGGCUUUCAGCAACGCGUCAAGGCUCUCGACGAGAGCGAGCACCGCUAUAAGGAUGAGAACUGGAACCUCGAAACCCAGAUCCACGACCUGAUGGCCAAGGAAAGGGAAGCUGCAGAUCGUGAGAAAAAGCUAAAUCAGACUCUCAACAUCCUUCAAGCUGAGAAAAACGCGGCACAGCGAGAGUUGGACGAAGUUAAGCUUAGCCAUUCAAAGCUCACGGAGGAACAUACCGCUGCUGUCAAGCAUCACGAUAUAGAGCUUGGUACGGCAAAACGCAACAUGGUGAUGGGAGAGUCAGAGAGAGCUGCUAUGCAAAGGAAGAUCGAAGACCUGGCGGGCCAGAACCAGGAACUCGCCAAGGCAGUGUCUGUCUCGUAUCGAGGCAGGGCAUUAGAACGCGAUACCAUCCUGGGCAUGAGCGAUGAGGACUUCCAGACCGCGCACGACAACUCCACCCCUGAACACUCUCCUCCGCCGUCGCCUGUGAAGGGCACCCCACGUCACGCCAUGCUAGAGUCCGAAACGCUCAAGAGCUCCCUAGGUCAUGCGCAGCGGACGAUACAGGGCUUGCGUAACAACGUUCAUCGUGAGAAGACCGAGAAGAUGGAGACUAGGAGACUUCUUCAAGAGGCUCGCGACGAACUCGAAAGGCUACGCAACGACCCUCUACCCACCAGCAAGCGCGCAAGGAAGGCUGAAUCUAAGGAGUUCAAAAAGCCGCCGCGACUGUUGGGCGGCCUGCGUAGUGCUCGCAGCGAGAUAUUUGCAGCCGAAGAUCCAGAAUGGGAAGACCAGGGCGAGGGCCAUUUCCAAUCUCAGUCCUCGCCAGUGUCCCGGGAGUCUACCAAGCUUGCGCCAACAGCAGAACUGAGCGACCACUUCGAUACUGGCAAUGAGACCAGCGAUGCAGCAUUCGAGACUGCAAAUGAACGAGGCACUGAGACCGACGACUUUCAUACUGGCGCCGAGGAAUUCUCCAGUGACGAUGUUGAGACCGAGACAGAAAGCCCUUCCAAGCGUCACACACUCAAGGGCAGACCGCCGAGCCUUCCUACGGGCCUAACACGGAGCACAUCUAUGGACAGUUCUGCCUCUACUGAAGAUGAAUCGUACCCCUUUGAGGGGGCGUCAGGGACACCAACUUCGCUGCCGCCUCUACAACACAAAUUUCCCCUUCGCGUCAGCCGCGGCGCCUUCCGCCGGUCGAGGCAUGCCAGUGAAGAGCCCACUCUUCAAAGCAGUCCUGCAAGUUUUGCCAACAGCAGCACAAUGGGAACUCCUCAGCCUAGUCAAAGCUUGGCUGCUGAACUGGGCGACUUCGAUGGCAGUGACAAUGACUCCAACCUAUCUGCGACUCCUAGUAGGAGAUCCAUUAGGGGCCGGACCACCACCCCUCCGCCAGCAAUGCCACCGCUUCCCAAGGUCAAGAUGGUGGACAGUGGUAUGAUGACUGAGCCAUUGCCCGAACUCUCUCCAGCUUCUCCCACAAGCGUGAUCGGUCCUGACCGACAUCUGUCUAUGGAUAACGCGGCGAGUCGAUUCUCCAUGGCGUCCGAAUAUAGUGACUUCAGUACCCAGGACAUGGGAGAGAGACUGGAUAAGUUCCCGUCCCCUCCAACGUCGGCACCGAAGAGGGACUUUGCCCUUCCACCGGAACUCGCGAUGUCAACGAUGCAUGCUCAUCACUUUGAGCCUGUACCGCAGCCAGACACUCAUGCAGCUGAAUUGGCCAGUCUCCGUGCUGAUCAUGCAGAGCAGCUGAAGCAAGUAAGCGCAGAGAACACUGCAGCGCAAACGGCGGCUUUAGAAGCCUUGAGAGCCCAACACGCAGACCAACUUGCUCAAUUCGAAGCCGAAGCCAAGUUGGCGCACGCCCAAGAGCUUGAAGCCCUCAGAUCAAGCCAAGCUGAUGCCGCCAGGAAGGUUGCUACCGACGCCCAGGCAGCUUACGCCCUUGAACUCCAGACUCUCAAGGCAAGCCAUGCUGAACAGACGAGCCAGGCGGUCGCUGAAGCCCAGGCAAUUCACGCCCGUGAGAUCGAGUCGCUCAAGGCAAGCCACGCUGAGCUGGGCAGCAAAGCCGGCGCAGAGGCCCAGUCUGUCCAUGCCCGCGAAUUGGACAAUUUGAGAGCUGUGCAUGCUGAAGAGUCCAAUAAAGCUACCGCUGAGGCCAAGGCUGCGCAUGCUCGCGAACUGGAUGACCUGAGGGUUGCGCAUGCCAGAGAGUCGACCCAGGCUACCGCAGAGGCCCAGGCACUCCAUACACGUGAGAUGGAUGUCUUGAGAACUGGACAUGCCGAGCAGUUGAUGCAGAAGGAGUCGGAGAGCAAAGCUCUCUAUGCCGCCGACCUGGAAGCUUUGAAGGCCUCACAUGCUGAGCAUUUGGCUCAACAGGAAGCUGAAAGCAACGCUACUUAUGCUGCUGAUUUGGAAACGUUGAAAAGCAAGCAUACUGAUGAGAUGUCCAAGUCGAAGUCUGACAGUGGCGCUGCUCAUGCUGCCGAGAUUGCUGCGCUGAUAGCUGCUCAUGCGAGCCACGUUGACAGUGCAAAGCAGGAGCUGGCGGAUACACAUGCAAAGGAACUGGACAACCUCAAAGCCAGCCAUGCCGAGCAAAUCCACCAAGUGAAGCAAGACUCCGAUGCUUCCCACGCUGAGGUACUCGACGCACUGAAGACAUCCCACCAACAACAGAUUGACGACGUCAAGAAUAGUCUCAAUGCUGCCCAUCUGCGAGAACUAGCAUCCCUCCAGGCUGCCCAUGCAAAUGAGCUAGAGGAGCUCCAGAAGAACAGCGACCUGGCCCAUGCUGCAGAGAUUGCUGCCCUCGUCACAUCCCACAGCAAACAGCUUGACUCGCACGAGGCUGACAGCGAUGCUACAUUAUCUAGGGAGCUCACAGCCCUGAAGGGGGCUCACGCGCAGGAGAUCGACUCGCUCAACAGUCAUCACGCUGCAGCGCGUGCCCAAGAACUAGAGGGAUUCAAAGCAGCCCUUGCCAAGCAGGUCGAAUCCUCCAAGGUCGAAGGAGAUGCUUCACAUAAUGAGCAGAUUGAAGCCCUCAACUCUGCUCAUGCUGGUAUCAUCGAAGCUCAUAAACGUGACAGCGAGAAGUCACAAGCUGAAGCUGUCGAGUCGCUUAAGUUUGCGCACGAAAGGCAGAUUGAUUUCCUCAAGAGCGAACAUGCAGCAGCGAGAUCUCAAGAGCUUGAGGACCUUGCAACAAGCCACCUCAAAGACCUCGACGUGUUGAAGGCUGAAAACGAGUCUUCUAGAAUCAAGCUGCUGGAGGACCUUGCCAACGCCCAUUCGGAAGAGCUCGAAGCGCUUCGUCAAGAAAACGAGUUGGCCAACAAGAGAAACCUGGCGGCUUUGAGUGCACAACAUGCCACGGACUUGGAGGCACACAAAAACGAGCAUGGAGAAACGCUCAAACAGAAGUUGCAGGAGUUGGCCGAUGUCCAUUCCCGAGAACUGGAAAAUCUUCGACAAGAUGGCGAAUCUGCCAAAGCCAGAGAAUUGGCGGCGCUUGGAGCUAGUCACGCUGCGGCUCUGGAGUCUUCCAAGGGCGAGCAUAAGGCUGCUCAUGCGCAGGAACUCCAAGAGCUCGCUGAUGCUCACUCACGCGAGCUAACUCGCCUUCGUCAAGAUAGCGAAGCCGCUAAAUCCAGGGAAUUGGCUGCGUUGGCUGCCAGCCAUGGAAUUGUUCUAGAGAACAUUAAGAACGAACAUGACUCGGCACGACUACGCGAAUUGGAGGAACUUAACUCUGCCCAUGUCGCGGCUUUAGCUUCUCUACGUGCCGAACAUCAAGUCUCCUUAGAUCGUGCGCUGUCUAACCUGAAGACGGAGCACGCCAGCACUCUAGAUGCACUCAAGCAAGACCGCGAGCUCAGCCACUCAGAAGCUCUAGAGGCCCUUGGUGAAAGUCAUUCGAAGCAGCUAGAUCAGUUGAAGAGGGACGGCGACGCUGCUCUGGCCCAGGAACUGGAUGCUGCCAGGGCGGAACAUGCCAACAUUCUUGCUGCCCACCAGCAGCAGAGUUCAGCAGAGAAAGACAGGCUUCUGGCUAGCCACGCUUCGGAGCUUGAAGCUCUCAGAAAGACCUUGACUAUAGUCCGUCCUUCCCUGGGCUUGUCCUCCGUGAGCUCUAUCCAGACUGAACCUAUUGAGAUUCCCACACCGAGGAGUCCAAGACGCGAAGCUUUCAUUGUCCUACGGGAAGAUCGCGAACCACACACGCCAUUCGGGAGGAAGAGCAAGGGCUCUGCCGCACCCAUCAUUGCCGAAGACGAUACCCGUCAAUCACCAAGUAACGUGGUUGGUUCUGACACCCCAGAAUCCCAGCGACCAUUCAAGGAGAUGUCCACAAACACCGAUGCCCGUCCACGAAAGCAACCUAUCGAUACUUCCCAUCAAAGCUCCCAGACUAUACUCACAGCCGAUGCCUUGGACCGCUUAAUGAAGAAUCAACGUCGCAUGUCCCAGGACUCUGUUCGGAUCACCACUGGGCGAGGUGAAGUUGUCAUCACCCCUUAUGAAGACGCACCUUCACCGUCUGCUUCUACGGUGCGCGUCAGACGCUCCUCACAAGAUAGUGUAGGCAGCGUGGCACGAGCCAGACACAGAAUGGGUGACUCCGGGCCUGUGUCUGCGCCGGAGCCGGUACCUUCUCGACGACCAGGAAGCUCGGCUAGUGCACGAGCUCCCAUGCUGAACAUACCGCCUCUGCCUCCCAACCACCGCGAGGUCAUAGAGGCUGCACGGACAAACUCAUCCAGUGGUGGAAAGGGGUCCAUGGGACCUCCCUUCCUGCCCGCGUCUGCCUAUUGCCCCACCUCUUCCCGUCCGCAGACUCCAAGCGGCAAGGCACCUCUAUCUCCAGCUUCCGCUACACCUCGCGCGGGUAGAACACCAGGCUACGCAGAUAUUCACUCUCCGACGAAGAUGCCGGCUCGCAGCAGGCAGUCAUCUAUGUCUUCCUUUGCCUCGGAGAUAGACACUAGGUUCAAUGCUCGACCGGAGAUGAGCAUUGACGCAGCUGGAUUCGGCCCAGGCACAGAUCCUCGUAUGAUCCAAGCUAUCACACAGACGAUGAUUGGUGAGUAUUUGUGGAAAUACACUCGCAAAGCUGGGCGGGGGGAGAUGUCGGAGAACAGGCACCGGCGGUACUUCUGGGUGCAUCCCUACACAAGGACUCUGUACUGGAGUGAUCGCGAUCCAUCCACUGCCGGCCGUGCUGAGUUAAAGGCAAAGAGUGUCCCAAUCGAGGCCGUUCGUGUGGUUACCGACGACAACCCUAUGCCACCCGGCCUUCAUCGGAAGAGUCUCAUCAUCAUUUCUCCUGGCCGGACCAUCAAGUUCACCUGCACCACUGGUCAACGCCACGAGACUUGGUUCAAUGCUCUCUCGUACCUUCUGCUCCGGACUGGCGAAGAGCACCAGACCGAUGCGGAGGAGAUGGCCGGGCACAUCACCCAAGAAGACGUCGAUGAGUUCAACCCAGCCAUCAACCGAAGACCUGCGAACGGUAAUAGAGCGCGACCACCACCAUCCCUAUCGUCUUACAAUUCGAGAACCACGCGCAACGAGUCGCCUAAUGUUGAUAUGUCUAUGAGCAUCCCAACUUUGACGCCAACGCAUGAGAGAGAAGGUACCCGUGGUGGUACGCUCGGACGGCUAAGCGGAUACUGGAAAUCGAGAAGUACCCUAGGUGGCACGUUCAGCAGUAUGAGAAGCAGGAGUCACACCCCCCAUGAGGGCGCCAUCUACGAGGCCAGCGAGGUGCACGAUAGUGCUGAGGACCUACGACAGAUGAUUGAGCAGCAGGACAGAGAAUCUGACAGGCUCGAGAAUGUUAGAGCUUGUUGCGAUGGGAAACACGACGUUGGAACAUUGUCCCACGCGUCCAAGCGCGGGCGUCUUUCCAAUAUGCACUCGCAUUCUCAUACUCACACUCAUCCUGGGCAGUCGUCAACUGCUACCACACCAAUGAGCACUCUGCGGUCACGCGCUUGA